AUGCAACCAUUUCCCAAGGAAUCUUCCCUGUUACAGUACCCGGCGUCGAACGUCAAUACCCAUCGCGCGGCCAAGACCCACACGUCCGCCUUUGCCAUCAGACAUGUCGAUACCUUCGUCGUCUUUGUCAUGUUGACUGCGCCGUCUAAGCCCUUCAGACCCUUCAACACGGUGUCAUACUCUUCCAGUAUCCUGGUCAGGCUAGCUCAGUAUGUCGGCGGGACCGGAGCAACGUUCACAUUGCACGUCUCUGACACGGACCUGCCAGUCCUGCACGAGAAGCUAGCCCUCACCCGUUUGCCCGACGGGCUCGACGGCGCCGGAUGGGGCUAUGGUGUACCACUCGCGCACGUCAAGCGGCUCGUCGUGCGAUGGAAAGCUGGCUUCGACUGGCGAAAGUCCGAGGAGGAAAUCAACAAACUGCCCCAGUUCACCCGCGACAUUCCGGUCGAAGGAUUCGGGACAUUGAGCAUACACUACUUGCACCAAAGGAGCAAGCUGGAGAACGCCAUUCCGCUCCUCUUCGUCCAUGGUUGGCCUGGGCAUUUUCUGGAGGUCCGAAAGCUCCUUCCUGGGCUGGUCUAUCCCAGUUUCCACGUUGUCGCACUCAGCCUACCAGGGUUCGGAUUCUCCGAGGCACCGAAGAAGAAAGGUUUCGCCUCCCGCCAGUAUGCAGAGGUUGCGAACAAACUCAUGCUCAGCUUGGGGUACAACGAAUAUGUCGCACAGGGAGGAGACUGGGGUCACGAAAUCACAGGAUUUCUGUCGACAUACUACGGUCCCACACACGUCAAAGGUUGGCUGUCCAACAACACCGAUGCACUCCCUCCUACCUUAUCCGCCCACCCCUGGCUGUAUAUCAAGCACCUCCUAACUCCACACAGCGAACGUGAACGGAAGGGAAUCGCGUACACGUCAGCAUUUAAAAAGACGGGGUCCGGUUACUUCAUCGAACAAGCCACAAAACCCCAGACAAUCGGAUACUCUCUGGCCGACUCACCCGCGGGCCUCCUCGCGUGGAUAUACGAAAAGCUUUUCCUCUGGACAGACGAGUACCCCUGGGAUGACGAUGAAGUGCUCGAAUGGGUCUCGAUCUACUGGUUCUCCCGCGCGGGGCCUGCGGUGAGCCUUCGCAUAUACAAGGAAAUGACGGGCAGCCGCAGCCACGACUCCAUCCUCGGUGUAAGAGCCCCGGUGCCGUUCGGGUACUCGGCCUUCCCUAAAGAGCUCAUCCAGUCUCCAAGGACAUGGCUGCACACCCUAGGCAACGUCGUCUUCGAGCGCGAGCACGAGCGCGGAGGGCACUUCGCGGCGCAUGAGCAGCCUGAAGCCCUUGUAAAGGACUUCCAAGACAUGUUCGGCAAGGGCGGAUCAGCCUUUGGCGUCGUCCCUGGUAGGAAUGGUUAUGCUUGA